UGUUCCCGCCUCUGGCCAGGACUCGGAGGCGCCCGACAUGGUUGCCAUGGAGGCGGUUGCUGCGGUGAUGAGGUGGCGGCUACUGCUGGUGCUGAGUGCAGCGGGGCUGGGGGCCUUGGGCGUCCCACAGCCCCCCAACAUCCUGCUCUUGCUCAUGGACGACAUGGGAUGGGGCGACCUGGGGGUAUAUGGCGAGCCUUCCAGAGAGACCCCAAAUUUGGACCGGAUGGCUGCCGAGGGCAUGCUUUUCCCAAACUUCUACACAGCCAACCCCCUGUGCUCACCAUCAAGAGCGGCCUUGCUCACGGGACGUCUGCCCAUCCGCAACGGCUUCUACACCACCAACGGGCAGGCCAGGAAUGCCUACACGCCGCAGGAGGUCGUGGGUGGCAUCCCGGACACGGAGCUCCUCCUGCCCGAGCUGCUGAAGAAGGCUGGCUACGUCAGCAAGAUUGUGGGCAAGUGGCAUCUGGGCCACAGGCCUCAGUUCCACCCCCUGAGGCACGGAUUUGAUGAGUGGUUUGGAUCCCCCAACUGUCACUUUGGACCUUAUGACAACAGGGCCAGGCCCAACAUCCCCGUGUACCGGGACUGGGAGAUGGUUGGCAGAUUUUAUGAAGAAUUUCCAAUUGAUCUGAGGACUGGAGAAGCCAACCUGACCCAGAUCUACUUACAGGAAGCCCUGGAUUUCAUUAAGAGGCAGCAGGCAGCUCAGCGCCCCUUCUUUCUCUACUGGGCCAUCGAUGCCACACAUGCACCUGUUUACGCUUCUAAGCCUUUCUUGGGCACCAGUCAGCGAGGACGGUAUGGGGAUGCUGUCCGGGAGAUCGAUGACAGCGUGGGGAAAAUCCUGAGCCUUCUUCAGGACCUGAAGAUCACAAAGGACACAUUUGUUUUCUUCACGUCUGACAAUGGUGCUGCCCUUAUUUCUGCUCCCAAACAAGGCGGUAGUAACGGCCCCUUUCUGUGCGGGAAGCAGACCACAUUCGAAGGUGGAAUGAGGGAGCCUGCAAUCGUGUGGUGGCCCGGCCACAUCGCCGCAGGCCAGGUGAGCCACCAACUGGGCAACGUCAUGGACCUUUUCACCACCAGCCUGUCCCUCGCGGGCUUGGAGCUGCCCAGCGACAGGGUGAUCGAUGGCCUUGACCUCCUCCCUUCCAUGCUGCAGGGCCAGCUGGUGGACAGGCCAAUAUUCUAUUACCGUGGCAACACGCUGAUGGCAGUCACCCUGGGCCAGUACAAGGCCCAUUUCUGGACCUGGACCAAUUCCUGGGAGGAGUUCAGACAGGGAUCAAUAAAGCUGAGGGGGCACGUGAAGUCGGAAAGGACCCUGUGACCAUCAGCAGCUCACCUGAGCACAAGGGGAAACGUCGAAUGACCACCAGUCCCUUCUAGAUGGUUAACGUAUUAGGGAUAUUAGCUUUGUUCAGAGGCCACAUGGGGCCCAGCUAAGGGAGAAGCCUGGGGUACGACUUAGCUGGGGGUAUGCCAGUCUGUGAUCUCCAGGUUUGAGGGUCACCUGAGUAGACCCUAUUAGCUUCCUGGCUGUACACUUGUCCUGGGGUGUCUCAUACCUCCUCCCCAGUCCUGAGGUCCUAAUGUGUGUGGCCCACCUGCCCGAGCCCCAGGUUUUCUCCCUACUCACGAUUGCUGGAUGGCAGAGGAGGAGGAGAGAGUGAGUAUCUUUCCCUGCCGGACCUGGUGCCACUGUCCCACACAUGACCUCCCACCAUGGGGGCAGCUUGAGGCCAUGGGCGAGAGGAGGUACAUGUGUCCAUGUGGCCUUCUGCAUUUCUGGACUUAAUCCCAGGGGCAUUAGCUACAGUACAUGCUCAUCCCCCUCCUCCCUUCCCACCCUCCAAAAAGCCGGCACUGUGACCUGCAGGUGCACCUGCUCCCGGUCCAGGGCGGAGGGGAGGAGGAAAGGUGCAUGUAGGGGGGCCAGCUCAGCUGCGAUGCUCCCAGGGUGAGACCUCUCUCACAUGACAACAGUUGUAAGAGAAAAAUCUUGUACUAAUUAGCAGGAUCUUAAUUAAAUAGCUUAUUUGAUUUGCAUCCAAAUUAUAAUUUCUGUCUUCUGUCUAGACUUAGAUAUUUCUCCAUUAACCGCUUAACAUUUUUAUGCUAAAUGUGGUGGUUUCUCCCACUAUUAAAUCCAUAUUUGUUCUCUAGCAGUUCUGCUCCCAGAAGGUCAAAGGGUCACCCCCUUUGGAAGCCCUAUGUGUCCACUGUUGGCUGCCUUCAGUGACUUAGACCACAGCCCCUGACUUGGGAAUCGACUGCUCAGUGCAGAUAAAUGGAAUUUCACAGGCUCCUAACUUCCCUACUUUAUUGAAAAACAGAAUAUUAACUGCUCCACUGACCAGCUGUCCAUUACAGACACACGAGGGUUAGAAAUGCUUUGCCUGUCAAACUAGGCACUAAUACCUACAGAAAGCCUUUCAAUCAGUUACUGUGCAUAGGUCACAGCUGCCUGUCCAGACCUGUCAGCAGUGCCCUGCAUUGGUUGGAGACUGGUGCCAAGCUGCUUGUGUGACUCUGGGGUCACCAGUGCCUCAGGAUGGGGACCCUGGCCUCACCUAAUAUCUACUGGAUGGUGGAGGGCUUUUCCUUUUCCAGAGUCGGGGAGCCACAGGGGCAGCCUUCAGGCCACAGCUUUGAGGGAGCCCCUAGCCUGAGGUCACCUUGGGCCUCAGGACCACCCCAGACCUGGACAGAGCUCAGACCACACACUGACAUAGGAAGCCCGUUCCAGAUAUGCAUCAGAGGCCACACAACAAAGAAGCCAGGGGACAGAGGAGGCCGGAGCAGGCUCGAACGUGGGGCCGUGGGCACUGCACCUGAGCCUGAGGGCAGCCUGGCGUUUUCUGCACUCUCCAUUUUUAUCCUGUUUUCCUGAACAUGUGAAAUGUAGUCAUUUUAGAUUCCCUGUUAACUUGUGCAUCUGGAUCAUUUGUGAGCCAUUCCUGUGUCUGUGUUUCUCUGGCUUUCAGGACCAAGGUCCCUCCUCACCAAUAAAGGGAUGUUAAGCACCAUGCACUCCAUUGGCCAUGAGGUGGAUAGAGUGAAGGCGUAAAACUUCACUGUAGAAAUUAGAGGCAGUCAAGAUAUGAGAUGGGCUAAAAUAGUUUAGAGAUUCACUCCCCAACCAAGAAAAAGGUUCCAAAAAACUAGGGGAUGGUACUCAGGGCAUGACUGCUCAGCAACUCUUGGGCGCAGGGUUGUGAGAAGGCUCCACCAUGUAGGAUCCCACCCUCAGGCCUGCUCAGGCC